AUGUCAUACAAGACCUUGCAGAGCAACCCAACAGAAGCAGCCCUUGAAACCUGGAGACCCAGCUUGUUCACAGGAAAGCAGGAUGGAAACCACAUGAUUCUAGGAUACGCAGUGAUUGAUACGAAAAUCAUUGUCUUGGCUGUAAUCUUGUUGUUUUUGUGCCUGGUGGCAGUGGUGGGCAACGGCAUUAUCACUGCAACACUUGGCAUGAGCUGGUUGCUUCAGAGAACACUGUCGCCUUGUGAUAAGUUACUGGUCAGCCUCGGGGCCUCCCGCUUCUUCCUGCAGUGGGUGGUGAUAUGUAGGAAUAUUUACAUUUUCCUGCAUCCGACAGUCUUCCCAUACAACAAUGUACUGCGGUUCCUAGCCAUCCACUGGGACUUCCUGAGUGCUGUCACCUUAUGGUUCUCUACCUGGCUCAGUGUCUUCUAUUGCGUGAAGAUCACCACCUUCACCCAUCCCGUCUUCCUCUGGCUAAAGUGCAGGGUGUCUAGGUGGGUACCGUGGAUGCUGCUCAGCUCUGUGGGGUUUUCUGCCUUGAGUACCAUCCUACUUUUCAUGGGUAAUCAGAGUAUAUAUCAGAACUAUUUAAGGAUGGAUGGGCAAUCUUGGAAUGUCACUGGGAAUAACAUGAGGAGCUCGUGUGAGAAAUUCUAUCUGUUCCCUAUAAAAGCGAUUACUUGGCUGGUCCCUACUCUUAUCUUUCUCAUUUGCAUGGUUUUGCUCCUCACAUCUCUUGGAAGACACACAAAGAAGGUCCUCUUGAGUCUCUCGGGAUCCCAAGACCCCAGUGCCCAGGCCCACAUCAAAGCUCUUCUGGCUCUCAUCUCCUUUGCCGUCCUCUUCACCUCCUAUUCUCUGUCAGUGAUGCUCGCUGCUACUGGUAUUUUUCCGUCUCAGGAGUUUAGGUACUGGGUGUGGCAGGUGCUGAUUUAUCUGUGCACAGCAGUCCACCCUUUUAUUCUGCUUUGCACCAACCAUAAGCUGAAAGCUGUGCUGGGGAAGGGAUGCUGCUCGAGGAAUGGGGCCUCUGGAGCUGCAGCUGAUGGACACCUCGGAGGCAUGGGAGCAGCAAGGUAG